AUGAGCGCUAUUUCACUUCGUUUCAACCAACGUGUUCUCACGGCAACUAAUCACUCCCCACCCGGUCUAGGCGCGAGCGAGAGGGAGGGAGAGAGAGAGCUCAAGAACGACAUAGCAGUGUUUCAGCACCCGCUUAUCGCGCCUAUACAGGAAAUAGCAGGGCCGGGUCUAGAACAGGACCCUCUGUAUGCGCCGGGUGGGGUUAUUCGCUGUUUUCGGGCCGCUAUGGUUAUGCGCCCUCGAUCUCGUAGUGAGCAGGAUAGAGUAGCACGUUAG